AUGGAGAAAAUACUUGGCUUUCGAGCCACCAACCUAUCCCCUCAGAGCGAUACGGCUUCAUCCCGGACUCCUCAACCACCACCAAUCUUUCUGAUACACUACUUGACCUUUCCAAAGCUCUCAAUGCUGGCAAGUCUGUCAUCAUCAACUGUUGGUAAAGCGGGAAUAGUUAGGGGUUUGAGGCAAUCUUCUAGCAUGGUUCUCCUCGUACCUGCACUGCAGAUACUUCUCAUUCCGAUUGAAAGUGUGGGUUGUCGAACAGGGAGGACUGUUUUCUACUGUUCUUUUCUGAUAUAUACACUGGAGUUACCCAGCCUUCUUAAGACAUCUCCUGAUAUCAAGGUACAAUUGUAUGCUGAUGACAUUAGAUAUACGGGAUCUAUAAUCGGGAUAAUUCAGUUCCAUUGGGAUGUCCUCCUCAACUUGAAUAAACCCACGUUUAUGCGUAUUGGUGAUUACGUGAACGGUGUCGAGCUUGCAUGUUCUGUUUUCGUAUUCUUCGUAGUGAAUCGACGCUAUGUUCAAGUAAGUACUGGAUCUUCACACCCACUAGCUGUAGACGGGGUGGGUUUAAUCUCCAUUAUACUUACUCUGAUGCCAGGCACCGCUCCCUCAUCUUCAAUAAUGUCUUUUAUCGCUGCGCUAGAUGAUUAA